CACUUUGGCUCAAGCCAUUGCUAUUCGGUAGAGUUCCUGCAUCUGUUCUCCCGGCACCAGGGCGCGGGCGGCUUCGCCGAUAUGGGCCACGGCGGAAACAAUGUUAUCCCGAAUGUGCACUUCCGCAAGGUCAAUGGCAUGAUGGGCCCGGGUCGGUGGAACAGGCACAUGAUGAAGACUUGGCUGGACCAGGCGGGGCGAAAGAAGCGCCGGGCCCUGAACCGCAAGAAGAGGGCCGCCAAGCUGUCGCCCCGCCCCGCUGCCGGGCUGCUGCGACCCGUGGUCCACCCGCCCACCCAGCGGUACAACAUGAAACUCAGGCUCGGCAAGGGCUUCACUUUGGACGAGCUGCGCGAGGCCAAGAUCCCCGUCAAGAAGGCCAUGACCAUCGGCAUUGCGGUGGACCACCGCCGGCGCAACCGCUGCGCCGAGAGCCUCCAGGUCAACGUGGACCGGCUCAAGCUGUACAUGUCCAAGUUGCUUGUUUUCCCCCGGAAGUCGGGCAAGAAGGGUGUCAAGAAAGGCGACACGCCCAAGUCUGAGCUGCAGAACGUGGCGCAGAACACCCUCAAGGAGAUCAUUCCGAUCCCAAAGCCCAGCACCGAGAUCGAGGCGCGUGCCAUCACCGCCGCUGAGAAGGAUGCGUCCGCUUACAAGAAGCUCAAGAAGGCCCGCACGGACCUCAAGUAUGACGGCGCCAAGCGCAAGAAGGCCAACGCUGGCAAGGAAGAGUAGAGCAAGCUCUUGUGUGAGGUCAGUGCCUAUGCGGCCAGAGAGGUUGUCAGAGGGCGGGGUGCCAAAAUGAAGAUCGAACACGCUCCAUUGCAUGGCUCCUGCAUUGCUUUCCACGGCAUUGCUCUACAGUCGCUUCUUCACAGCGUUGCUUUAUUGUC